AGUUACAUUUUAAAAACAAGAUGCUGAAAGUUAUCAUCUUAUUUAUUUUUGCUGCGGUCAUCACAGCCGACCCAUUAAAAAACCAAAUUCAUUUAACGCAAAAUGCUAAAAUUGAGGAAUUUCCCUACCAAGUAGGUAUUCAGCGUUUUGGAGAGAGCUACUGUUCUGGAGUAAUUGUUUCUGAAAAAAUGAUACUUACCGCUGCAACCUGCAGUGCAGCUGUUGGUCGAACAAUUCGAUCUGGAAGUACUUUUGAUAAUAAAAACGGAACUCUUCACUCAAUCAUUGAGAUUAUUCGACAUGAAAAAUUUGUAUGGGACGAUUCUACUGACCAGGUUCCAGUUUAUAACAUUAUGUUGCUAAGAGUAAAUGAACCCUUUGUAUUUAAUGAAACUCGUCAGCCGAUACUUCUCCCGGAACCUGAUGAAGACAUCUCUACGUAUGAUGUCGGUUACUUGACCGGGUGGGGUAUGUUUGAAGAUGAUGAUUCUCCUCAUGCUUUGAAAAAAAUUUCCGUACCAAUUUUAUCAGAAGAAAAAUGUAACGAGAGCUAUUCUAGCACUGGUGGAAUUCAGAACGACCAAUUUUGUACAAGUCCACCAGAGACUAGGGAACAAGAUUCUUGUUUCAAAUUCUUAGGCAGUCCUUUGACUGUCAGCGGACGCGUUUUUGGAAUUUUAGCCUGGGAAAAAGGAUGCGAAAAAACAAGAAAUUAUCAAGUAUACACAAAAAUCGCUCCUUACGUAUCUUGGAUCCAAGAAAAGUUGUACUAGAUUUUCCAUGAAUGUUUCC